AUGAUGAUGGUGCACAAGAACAUCUUGACGCCCCAGUCGAAUCGACCUGUCAUGGGUAUCAUUCAGGAUACGCUGACCGCUGCGCGGCGCAUGACGUUUCGUGACUGCUUCAUUGAGCGUGAGCAGCUCAUGCAUCUGCUCAUGUGGAUGCCCAAUUGGGACGGGAAGAUCCCGGUGCCAGCCAUUGUCGCACCAAAGGAACUGUGGACCGGCAAGCAACUCGUGUCCAUGAUUAUCCCCCGCCGCAUCAAUUUGGAGGGCAAGCACAGCACCCACGAGGAUAAGGUGGACCGUGCUACACCGUACCUCACGGUGCACGAUACCAAGGUCAUCAUCUCCAAGGGCGUGCUCAUUUCCGGCAUCUUGUGCAAAAGCAUGCUUGGCGCCAAGGGAGGCGGCGUGAUCCACGCCAUCACCGUUGAGCAUGGCCUUGAGGAGGCGCGUCAAUUUUACGGCAACAUCCAGACAGUUAUCAACAACUGGCUCCUUAUUCACGGUCACAGCAUCGGUAUUGGCGAUGCCGUCGCCGACCAGGACACUAAUAAGAAGAUCGAGGAGUUGACGCAAGAGGCCACGCGCAGUGUCGAUGAACUGAUCACCAAAGCGCAGGCGGAUGAUAUCAAGCCAAAGCCCGGCAACACCGUGCGUGAGACUUUUGAAGUUGAGGUCAACACUGUCCUCAAUGACAUGGUGAACAAGGCCGGUAAGGCGGCCCAGAACUCGCUCUCGAUUCACAACAACUUCAAGGCCAUGUCCACGGCCGGCUCCAAGGGUGGUCCCAUCAACAUCUCCCAGAUUAUUGCUUGUGUCGGCCAGCAAAACGUUGAAGGCAAGCGUAUUCCCUUUGGCUUCAAAUAUCGCACCCUGCCUCACUUUGUCAAGGACGACUACGGUCCCGAUAGUCGUGGCUUCGUCUUCAACUCCUACUUUAAGGGGCUCAGUGCGCAGGAGAUGUUCUUUCACGCCAUGGGUGGUCGUGAAGGUCUCAUUGACACGGCCGUCAAGACGGCCGAGACUGGCUACAUCCAGCGCCGCCUGGUCAAGUCCAUGGAGGGCUUGCGCCUCAACUAUGAUGGUUCAAUUCGUAACAGCAACGGUGACCUGAUCCAACUGUGCUACGGCGAGGACGGCAUGGACGGCGCGUGUCUUGAAAAACAGGGCCUGCCCACGCUCACGCCCAGUGACCAGGGCUUUGAGCGCGACUUCUGUAACACGGGCAACAAGCUAGCCUCACUGCGCCAGUACUUGGUGGGCAACAUUGUCGACGAUAUCAACGCAGACGAUGAAAUGCUUCAGGAGCUCGAGGACGAGUGGCAACGCCUCCAAGACGACCGCCAGUUUUUGCGCUCCGUGUUUCCCAAGGGUGAAGCCGACGUGGUUCUUCCUGUGCAACUCCGGCGCCUCAUUAUCAGUGCGCAAAAGGAGUUUAACAUUGAUCCCCGGCGCCCUACGGACCUCUCUCCCGCUCACGUGGCUCAGGCAAUCCGUACCUUUACGGACCGCCUCGUGGUCAUUCCUGGUGACGACCCUUUGAGCAAGGUGGCGCAGCGCAACGCCACCCUGCUUUUCAAUUGCAACUUGCGCUCAGUCCUGUCCUCGCGACAGUGCAUUGUGCGCCACCGCCUCAACACCAAGGCCUUCGAUUGGAUCCUUGGUGAGGUGGAGAAGCGCUUCAUGCAGGCACAGGCCCAGCCCGGUGAGAUGGUGGGUGCCUUGGCCGCCCAGUCGCUGGGUGAGCCCGCCACACAGAUGACACUCAACACGUUUCAUCUGGCUGGUGUGUCAGCCAAGAACGUGACCUUGGGUGUGCCCCGCUUGAAGGAAAUCAUCAACGUGUCCAAAAAGCCCAAAACCCCAAGCAUGGUCCUCUUCAUCGGCGAAGACAAGUACCAAGACCGCAACACGGCCAUGAAGGUGCUGUUUAGCAUUGAGCAUUCCACCUUGAAGACAAUCAUUCACAGCAGUAGUAUCUACUAUGACCCCGAUGAGAUGAAUUCUGUCAUCCCGGAGGACCGCGAGUUUUUGGAAAACUACGAUAUUGGUGACUUUGAUAUGAACAAAUGGCAUCGCUGGGUGCUGCGGUGGGAGCUCAGCCGGCGCGAAAUCAACACACGCCGCAUCCUGCCCGAGAACGUGGCCAAGCUCAUCAAGCGCGCCAUGGGCGCCGUUCAAGACACAGAGCGGGACACGGUCAUGGUUCACUUCCAGCAGGGCAACAUUGAGGAUCACACGGUCAUGCGCAUCCGCUUGCCCCGCGACAAGUCUGAGGCCGACGACAGCUUGGGUCCGGACGCCUACCUGCGCCUGCUGGAAGACCGCAUUCUUCACUCCAUUACCCUGCAGGGCAUCCCGGAUAUCACGCGAGGUUACCUGGUCACGGGCGACAGCAAGCAACCGGGCAAACAGCGCAUCUUCAUCAAUGAGGAAGGCGAGUUCAAGCCGCAGGAUCAGUUCCUUGUCGAAACGGAUGGCUCCAGCAUCCAAUCGGUUUUUGCACAGCGCUAUGUUGAUCAAGAGCGAUCCACUUCCAACGACAUUGUGGAAAUCUUCUCCACGUUUGGCAUCGAGGGUGCGCGCAAGGCUAUCGAGGCAGAGAUGUACAAUGUCAUCAGUUUCGGUGGUUCCUACGUGAAUGCUCGCCAUCUAUCCUUGCUUUGCGACAUCAUGACCACCAAGGGCUAUCUCAUGGCCAUUACGCGCCACGGCGUUAAUCGUCAAAACACGGGCGUCCUCAUGAAGGCCUCGUUCGAGGAGACGGUGGACAUUUUGCUGGAGGCUGCCGCGCACGGUGAGACAGACUACCUCAAGGGUGUGUCUGAGAACAUCAUGCUGGGUCAGGUCAUACCCGGCGGUACAGGCUGUUUCGAUUUGUUGUUGGACCAGGACCGACUGCAGCAUGCCGUUCCCGUCGAGCCGGGACUUGGCGGCUUGUUUGCCAAGGGCGGUGAUGCAAACGGUGCCGCCACGCCUUGGGGUGAGGGCAAUGCCACACCGUUUGGCAUGGGUGGCAUGACACCUCAAAACGCCAGCUCACCUUACCUUGGUGCCGGCCAAACACCCAUCGGUGGCUUCUCACCCGUUGUUGCCGGGGCCUUUAGCCCCGGCGGUAUGUUGAGCCCUGGUGGCAUUGCACAGAGCCCUGGCGGUGCAAUGAGCCCUGGUGGUGCGAUGAGCCCCGGCGUGGUCAGUGCCAGCCCCUUUUAUGACCCUUCGUCGCCGGCAGGCUACUCGCCCACCAGCCCCAGCUACAGCCCCACUUCGCCUGGGAUGUCUCCCACCUCGCCCGGGUUUUCUCCGGCCUCGCCUGCGGGGUUCACCCCUACCUCACCACAUUACAGCCCAACGAGCCCAAGCUACAGUCCAACGUCACCCAACGUGGGCGGCGCGCAAUCGCCUUCGUACUCGCCCACCAGCCCGAGUUACAGUCCCUCUAGCCCGGCCUACAACGCCCAGUCCCCUGCCUAUUCACCGACCAGUCCAAGCUACAGCCCCACCUCCCCCAAUGUCAAGUCGCCCACGAGUCCUGGCUACUCACCAACAAGCCCUGGUUACUCACCGUCGUCGCCUAGCUACAGCCCGACGAGCCCCAACUACUCGCCGACGAGCCCGAGCUACAGCCCGACGAGUCCCAACUACUCACCGACGAGCCCGAGCUACAGCCCGACGAGCCCCAAUUACUCGCCGACGAGCCCGAGCUACAGCCCGACGAGCCCCAAUUACUCACCGACGAGUCCGAGCUACAGCCCGACGAGUCCCAACUAUUCACCAACGAGCCCGAGCUACAGCCCGACGAGCCCCAACUACUCACCGACAAGCCCGAGCUACAGCCCGACAGCCAACGGGACAAGCGGCCCAACCAGCCCGGGCUAUUCGCCCACCAGCCCGGGCUACUCGCCCACCAGCCCGGGUUAUUCACCCUCUUAAGCUCACUGUUUGGCAACGGAACUUGCCAGGUACACCGGGGUAUACGAAAACACCCGUUUGUUCGUCGACGUUCGACUGGGUUGGUCCGCUCGUGUUCUUUCUUUUGCCCAGGAUUAUUCGUCACUGUGAGAGUCGGAUGCUUUAGUUGAGAAAAGUGGCGGGUUGUUGCCAUCUCUUGCCAAGGAAGCAAAGUCAAAACCAUAAAACGGAAAUUGAUAUUCAAACUC